UCUAUUCCAGUAUUUCGAGUCAGUAUUCGCGACAUGCGUUACUGAGAAACUGUGUUAUGUUUUUAUUAGCUGGCGUAUUUUCUGUCUAGUGGUUUGUCAUUAAUUAAAAAUAUAUUUAUAUGAACUAAUAAAAUGUGAAUAAUACAGCCGUUGGCUUUAUUAAAGUGACCGCCCUAUCUUCUGAAAAUUGGAUUUUCUUUGUAGGAUGAAAAUGGAUUAAGAAAUAAAAGAUGACAAUCUUAAUUUAUGACCAAUGCGAACUUGAGGAACGGUCGUCAAAAAGUCUGAAAGCUUGGAAAGCAUGGCAUCUGAUACUUUACACCUGCGCGGCCGUAUUCGGCAUCCUGAACUACGUUUUUUUACAAAACACAAUGCAACUAGUGGACCAUAAUUGCGUAAUCUAUCCUCGAUUACUGGAGUUUCAUAUGGUUCCACGACAUAACAUAACCGUAAUUAAAGAUGAUCCUUCCAAUAAUACAACAAAUGUGCCAGCGGCUGAAGAAACAACGAUGGAACCGACCAAAAUCAUUGCUCAAACAACAGAAACCGUCCGAGAUAAUGUCACCGAUGCCAAAACUAUAACGAAAAGAGAAGCUCAAUAUACAGAGACUACUGACGAGUUUGAAACUUCAGUGGAAGUGGACAAUAUUACUGUAAUUAUAGGACGGGUAGAACGCGAUCCAGAUGAUCCAUCAGUUACUCGGUUCUCUCUGAAUUUUUUAAAGAAACCAUUUCGGGUUAUGAAAUCCAAGAGGAAUAGAAGCCAUCACCUGGUGCUGGACACGUCACGAUCCCUCUUCGGGAGAGAGACAGAAUGCGAGUUCGUCGAAUACAUGCCCAUCUUGUCAACAGUAUUCGCUGCUGUCUGGGUCACCAUGUUCACCAUGUGUCCAGGUGGUGGACGCGUCAGAACUGGACUACCGCAACCAUGGCGUAUUCUGACACCAGCGUUACUGUUCGCACUGGUGCUGGUCGGGCUCACUGGUCACAGCUUCACAUCCACCAACGGAGGACUGCACGCGUUCUGUGCGGCCUUUCAUAACAUGACCAACUCAACAGCUUGCUCGCCCGUUAAUGAGUUCCUGGACGCCAGUUGGAAUGCAACGUGGAGCUUCGGCGGGCGCGUGGCCGCCACGCGCGCCGCCAGCGCCGGCGUGUGGGCGAGCUGGGCGUGCGCCGCCGCCCUCCUCCUGGCGCGCUGCCUCGCCGCGCCCGACUUCGCCGUCAAGCACUCCGGGGUGCACCUGGUCAAGGAUCCCCAACAAAAAGUAACUCCCUUCCUGAGGAAGUCGACACGGCGAUCGAAUCGAUCGAGCAGAUCGAACCAGCCGUCUCCCUCUAAACAGGACAACGCAUCACUGAGAUCGGAGCCUACUGUGACCACGGAACUGGCUACGGUAUCCAUGGAACCAGGGCAGGACUCGGCGCCAACCUCACUCCUCGUCACCCCAGUGAAGAAGGAACGCAACAGUGAAAUGAUCGAGAUGGCCUACACGCCACACGAGCGAUAUGAAUAAUAUUAUGCAUUCACGUACAACAAUAGUAUUUAUACACUGGCUUACCACAAAUACUUCCUGACAUCGUUUAUUGGACGAUAGGUUCGCGCUUUGCCUCACCACACCAGAUGGAAAGCAACGGCCUAAGAUAAAACGCGCUUACCCAGAACUUUAAGAGACAGAUUUAUAAAAUUACUAGCUGACCCCGUAAACGUUGUAUUACCACUUAUUGCGAAAUAUAAAAAUCACGAUUAAAAUACAGGGGUUGAUCGUAAAACGAUGAAAAUUUAAAGGUGUAUGUAUUUUUCAAUGCUAAAUUAUAAUAAAAUAAAAAAUUUGUCAAAAAAAUAAAAAUAUUUUUUUUAGGGGUGGGUCACCCUUAUCAUUGAGGGGUAUAAAAAAUAGAUGUUGGCCGAUUCUCAGACCUACCGAAUAUGCACACAAAAUUUCAUAAAAAUUGGUAAAGCCAUUUCGGAGGAGUUUGGUAACAAACACCGUGACACGAGAAUUUUAUAUAUAAGAUUAUAGAAAUUUCUUCUAUGUUACAAUUAAAUAAAAUUUACAUCAAUAUAUUGAGAAUUCAUAUCAAAACAAAGAACUAUACGAGUACUUUUUGGUUUAUCGCAUCAAAAAUAAAUACAGAACUACCUUGAUUUCUGUGUUUUCUGUAAAAUUUUAUCCGUAUUAUUUAGGAUACAUUCGUAGGACGCGCCGCAUUAGUGUGGGAGGCUCAAAAUUUUUGUCGUUUAUCGACUCACAUUUUUUUUAAAAAAAAAAAGUUUUGUUCAUACAGAGAUAAUAUUGUUUUCACCUAUAUAUUAUGUACUGUAACGUCGAAGUUACCGAGAUAUAAAAAAAAAGAAAGCUCAAUAUAUAAGCUCAACCUAUAUAUGUAUACUUCUGUAGGAAUGCGUUCAAUAGAUGCAUGCGUAUACUGGGGACUAUUCUGAAGUGCUAUUUCUCUAAACUUAUCUCUUAUCUUAUCUGGUUUAUGGUCCACCACAAAUUAAAAUUACAAUAAAUUUGACUUAAAUUUAUAAGAUAAUAAGAUUACAAAUUGAUGCUUACAAGAAAGAUUUCUCAGUGAUUAAACAAACCCUUACUGGGUAUGUUUUAACUUCGGUUUCAAUAAAUAAAUAUACACACACUUGAACUGUGCUAGGCUUGAUUUUUUAUUCAAUAUAUUCCUGAGCUUAUACACUUGCUAGAAAAUUUUAACAUCGCCUUAUAGCACACACAUACAUAUGUACAGAAAUAAUAAUUCCAUCAUAAACCUGUGGAACUAUUUUUUUUUUUUUGAUGGAUGGAAAUGGUAUGGUAAUCCCGCCUGCGCUAACGGUAUACGCUGGCGGAGCACCAGUGAAGGGUGAUAGAUGAGAAUGAAAACAGGCCAGUUAGCCCAUCAUGAUGAAUUCAUCAGGAAUUAACCAUGAUAGUUUCCAGGGGGAACCGCGAGGAGGUCGACCUUGUUGGGUAUAUUACUAGCAAUAGGAUUCUCAGUCUCCAUUACUAACUAUCCCUUUCCCACCUGUGGAACUAUAUUUGUGUUGUUUCCAUUGUUACGGACUUUUACUGAAUACGGAUUAUACAGUGAUAUCGAAUUCAAAUUUUAAUUUUAGAGAUAGGUUAGAGGUGGCACCUCAAAAUCGACCACCAUCAUUUGCUAAUUUAUAUUUUAGUAGUUUUCAGCUCAAGUAAUUAAUGCAUUGUAUGUUUUUUUUUUUUUUAUAAAUGUAUUAAUUUCUUCAGUAUAAAAAGUACUAGUAUAGCUAUGUGUCUACUAUAAUGAAAGCAAGGGUUAGGUAUCUCUGUAAGUUGAUCGAUCAUAACUGGUGAUCAAACAUGAAGAGAAACACGGGUUGAUAAAUUAAAAUGCUUAAUAUUGUAGUUCUCUUUUAAGACGUCUUCAUCGGUAGGAAAACAAAGACUAAUAAAUGACAGAAUUGUAAAAACAUAAGAACAAUAGAAAUAUAAAAAUAUGACAAACGGAAUAUGAUGACCAGUUAUAUAAAAGGCGUAUUGUGAUGGCCAGUAAUACGCCACAAACACAAAUACCAAUCACUAUAACUUAAUCAAGUACUUAUAAUUUUACAAAUAAAGGCAAGAAAAAUUUUAUAUGAGAAUUUAAUUUGAUGUACUUCGCAGUUAUGUUUCGAAUAUCUUAUUAUUUCAACAAAAAUAUUGUCUAUAGAUACCUACAGGUACCUACUUACAAAAUGUCCUAUCUUUAUACUUGUACCAGUGACUUAUUUAAUUAUAAAUUUAUAUUUUAAAUAAGUACCUAAAGAGUAAUCUAUAACUAUUACUGUUCAUGGAAAUAAUAAAAAUUAAUAUACGAAAACUUUACUUGCUACAAGUAUAAUAUCUACUAUAGUACUAGCUGUAUCACGCGGCUUCUCCCGUGGUCGUAUGGUGAUGUUCCUAUUAAUAUACAUUUUAACUUACACAAGAAAUGAGCUAUUCAAUGUAAAAAGAUUUUUUUAGAUCCGACUGUUAGUUUCAGAGAUUAAUGCGUUCAAAUAAACAAACUCUUCCUCUUUAUUAUAUUAAUAUAGAGUAUAGAUUUUUUAUGCAUGCACUACUGCCAAAUAAUUUUAUGUCGCAGGUAUACUGUGAUUAUUUCUUAUAAUUGUUUAUGUCUAGAAUUAGUUUACUGUUGUAAUCUUUUGGAGGAAACAAUAAAGAGUAUUUAUCUAUCUAUCUACCUAUACCGUGUGAUCCGCACAGAACAAAACCGAAUUGUAAUGUCUAAUGGUUUACCCUCAAUAGUUACUAGAUGUACUCUUUAUUUUUUUUUUUUAUUCGCUAAGUGUAAUGUGCUAAAUGUAUUUGUUCAAUCUUAUAAGAAUAAUAAUUUACUAAUUGUUAAAAUAAAUACCAUUAUUAAUGGGCACAAGCAUUGUGGCUACUUAUA